GAGCAAGCGAAGACAUGGACAUCGCAAUAAACGGUCAAUCGAGAAAAUAUUUUUGGGAACAAAUAACCGUCAAAAACGCAUGGUUGGAACAAGUAGUGCACCUCCUAGUCAAAUGCGAUUGAAUGCUCAAUUCUGUGGAAUUUGGUUGGCCCCAAUGUGGUUCGGAAUCAAUUUUAUGAUGUUCAUUCUUGGUUGGAUGUUAUUGGCUAUGCAAUAUUAUCCAUUGCUUAUCUGAAGACUGAGUUGAUAGUGAUGAACUUUUUUUUUAAAUUUUUAUUUUCGGGUCAUAUUUUAUUCGGAUGUAGUUUAGUG